AUACAAGAGAGAAAAUGAACAGUUUAACCAAGGUUUCACUUUCCCAGACUUCUCUCCUAGCCAGAGGACUUUCCACUUCAACAUCAGUCCAGGCGAAGAAGUGUAAUAAUGCCGGACAGAAGAAUAUUGUUCUUGUUGACGGAGUUAGAACUCCCUUCCUUCUCUCCAGCACAGCGUACAAGUCUCUGAUGCCACAUGACCUUCAGCGCUACGCGUUGACCGGUCUGGUCAACAAGCUGGGCUUGGAUAAAUCUAUUGUUGAUUAUAUUUGCAUUGGAACAGUUAUUCAGGAAGUGAAGACUAGUAAUAUAGCUCGUGAGGCUGCCCUAGGAGCCGGGUUCUCAGACAGGAUUCCAGCUCAUACUGUCACCAUGGCCUGUAUCUCAUCCAACCAAGCUAUGACAACGUGCAUGGGAAUGAUGAAUGCAGGUGUAUAUGAUGUGUGUGUUGCUGGUGGAGUAGAGUUUAUGUCUGAUGUUCCAAUCAGACACUCAAGGAAGAUGAGACAACUCAUGCUCAAGGCUCCCAAGGCCAAAUCUGUCGCCGCUAAACUUGCUCUGCUCGCGGAGCUCCGCCCCGACUUCCUGAACCCUGAGCUGCCAGCUAUUGCUGAGUUCUCGACCAACGAGACGAUGGGACACUCGGCGGACAGGUUGGCCGCCACCUUCGGUGUGUCCAGGAAGGAGCAGGAUGAUUUCUCCAGGAGAUCUCAUAUCAUGGCAACCGAGGCUAGAGACAAGGGAUACCUUACAGAUAUCAUCCCCGUUAAGGUUCCCAAGAGCAAGGAUUUUAUCACCCAAGAUAACGGUAUCCGAGUAUCCACAGAGGAGCAGAUGGCCAAACUGAAACCUGCCUUUAUUAAACCCCACGGAACCGUGACCGCUGCCAACUCCUCCUAUUUAACCGAUGGUGCCUCAGCUUGUCUGAUAAUGACCGAAGAGAAAGCCAAGCAGUACGGAUUCAAGCCCAAGGCAUAUCUUAGACAAUACACAUACGUCUCCCAGGAUCCCAAGGAUCAGCUGUUGUUGGGUCCUACCUACGCAACCCCUAAGGUUCUGGCUCAGGCUGGUCUUGAACUCAGUGAUAUCGACGUUUUGGAAUACCACGAGGCAUUCGCCGGGCAGAUCCUUGCCAAUAUUAAUGCGAUGGACAGCGACAAGUUUGCUCAAGAUGUGAUGGGAUUAAAGCAGAAGGUUGGAACCGUGGAUAUGUCUAAGUUUAACCUGUGGGGCGGAUCCCUCUCCCUUGGUCACCCCUUCGGAGCUACUGGAGUUCGUCUAGCCAUGCACACCGCAAACAGGAUGAUCCGCGAGGACGGACAGUUUGGAUUGAUCGCAGCCUGUGCUGCCGGAGGACAAGGAGUUGGGAUGAUCAUGGAGAGACAUCCUGAUGCAACCCUCUAGACAGAGAACAGAUACUCCUGAAUUUACAAGCAUCUAAACUUAGAUAAUUCUGCAAUUAUUUAUAAUAUAAAAAUUAGUUUUGUUAAAACAG